UCAGCCGCCAGCUUCUUCCUCCCUGCUCCACGACAGCAGCUGCCAGCGCGCAGGAAGCUGGGCCAGCAGCCAUGGCGUCCCCCUUCCCAAGCUUCCUUGCCGAGCAGCGCCGCCCUUCCGUGGAUGAAGCCGGUGCCCCUUCCAGCUUCUCCACUGCAGUAGGCACGCCGACGCCUCGCUCUGCUCCACAUCCCAGCCAUGGUGGCCGCCGUGCUCCCUGCUCCUCCUUUGGCGAGCGGCUGCAGCAGGGGGCCUUCUUCCCCAGCGGCGCCUCUGCUCUCCCUCCCCAGCGCCCCUUCUUCUUCCAUGGAUUGCAGCAGCUCGACCCUCCUCUCCAUGGCGCGAGCUUCAUUUUUCAGAGCCGCCGAAGCUCCUCCUCAUGGCGCCCCCACUCCCUGCUACAACUUCUCUCAGCCUCCUCUCACCCUCCCAAGACAGCCAGCGCAGGGGCCUUCUUCCCCAUGGAGGCCGAGCCCCCUGCUCCCAGCCGUGACGCCCAGAAUUUUUUUCCAGCAGAGAGCCUCUUCCCAUGGGCGCCACCCCCCUGCAGCUUCCCCUUGCCGGCGCCCAGAAAUUGCAGCAGUAGCUCUUUCUCCCCAGCCUCCAAUCCCCUGCAAGUGACCCUCUGCUCGGCUCCCUCUUCCCAGCAGCAAGCUCCGGAUUUCUGUACGCCGACAUGGGGCUGCGCAGUCCCGACCCAAGGCGUCGCGUGGGUGUUGGACAGCCCCACGCUACGUCGUCGAUCUGCGCGGUUUGACUGUCUCCGCGUCUCGCUUCGCCGAAUCUGCGCAGCGCCGACAUGCCAUCGUGGGAACCCGUGCCCUUGUCGACGUCACGCCUUGCGCAUCGCUCGUCGGCAAAGAGCCCAAACUAAUGGCAUGCAUGCGCGGCACGAGUCGGCCAGGUUGUUCGCCUUGUAUGAUUGCGAUUUAUUUUACUUACGUAUUCGGUCGAUGAUGUGCCUGCAUGUUUAUAUGUGUGUAAAAUGUUUCGGUUAUGCGGAUUGGUAGAAUCGCGUUUGCGAUUGGAGAACAAGAGGUUAUUUGAGGUAUGCGAUUUGUAGUUGUCUAAUUAUGUUUUGGUCGAUGUGGUGCAUGUUUAAAAAUUGUAUUGGUAUGGAUUAAAGUUCGCGGCGAAAG